AUGCGGCAGACCCUCUGGUACAGGGGGGGGGAGGGGAGUGGUGUCCCAGGCACCACCGCGGCCUGCCAGGAUGAGGUCCCCAGUGCCGCGGAAUGCUCGCAGGGCACCCUGGCGGGCGAUUCACACGGACGCGGUCCCGGCCUCCAGCCCCAGGAGGCGCGCUGCGACGCCCUCCUGCGCCAGCAGAGCGGCUCGAGCUACACCAGCGCGGCCUCCCAUGCCAGCGACCUGAGCGCUCCCGGCGACCCACUGCCCUCCCCGCCCACCGAGGCGAGCGAGGAGGAGGGCGACACCGGCCCGCAUGGGUGGAAGCACGUGCCCUUCACCGAGGCCGAGGCCUUGGCCACCGAGGCAGGGCUCAGGACACCGGACGCCGCGUGCGACGACUCCCGCAGCCUGCACUCCUCGGAGUCGGGCGCGUCGCUGCGCGGCGAGAGCCCCGCCCGCAGCGCCCGCCGCCGGCCGGAGCCGGCCAGGCGCCGGCCCGGGGCCCCCGCCGCCGCCCCGGGCCCGCCCCUGGCCAGCGUGCGGCGCCCGCGAGAGCCGGAGCCCUUCGCCUCGCCCUUUGCGCGCCCGGCCCCCGGCGCCUCAGCGCGCGGGCGUGAGCGGCAUGCCAGGGCCGGCGAAGGGGGGCGUGCCGCGCUGGCCGAGCCUCAGGCUGCCCCGGCGGAGCCGGGGCAGCCCUACACCCCCAGGCGGGCGGGGGGAACCCAUCCUGCCCGGCCCCCUUCCUGCAGCGGCAGCGACUCGCCCAGCACCAGCAUGAGCGAGUCAUCCAUGCGCAGCCCAGGCGAGGGAUGGGUGGAUUGGUUGUUUCUUGGGGUGAUGGGGGACUCGCUGCUGGAUGUGGGGCACAGGUCGGGGCGGUUGGGCCCGCGGGCCUGCCAAGCGGGGCCCUUCCGCGCCGUCAACCCGCUCGCGCUGCACAUCCCUUUCCCCCACCGUGGCGGGGACGGCGGCGGGGGCGGCUCACACCCCGUCCGCGCCGCCAGCAUGGGCUCGCUGCCGGCGCCGCACCGACGGCGCGCGAGCGUGGAGGCGCCGGCGCGGCGGGGCUCGUGGACGCAGGCGCCGGCGCGGCGGGGCUCGUGGACGCAGGGCCUGGCGCCUCCCUGCGCCUGGGUCCCCUGCGCCGUGCCCGAGGGCGCCCCCGACCUGGAGAGGUUCCUGCAGAGCUCCACGCCGGUGCUCCCCUUCCACGACGACGCCGAGCUGGCCGCCGCCAGCCUGGGGCACAUGACGGAGCGCGUGCCGCUGUGGGAGCAGGUGCGCAAGCUGCGCGUGCGGGAGGAAAGCGCGGUGUGGGGCGCGGCGCUGGCCGACCUGCACCCCUUCUCCUGGUUCGCGGUGGCCUGGUACCCGCUGUACAGCAUCCCCGACUCGCGCGCGCGCGCGCGCUUCCUCACCUUCCACUCGCUGGCGCCGCUGGACGGCGCCGACGCGCCACGCGCGUCCGGCCGCUUCCCCGCCUGCCCGGACUACCACUUCUUCGUGAGCAGGCGGGGCGCCGCCCAUGCCCACUGA